AUGGACGCCGGAGAUCCCCUGCUUCGCGCUACUCCCCUGCUCUCCCGCGCGUCCUCCGCCGCCGCCACAGCUGCCUCCUCCGCCGCUCCCUUCUGCCUCGCGCAGCCCCCCAGCCUCCCUUGCCUGCCUUCCGAAUCUUCCCUCUUUCACCCAAAAAAUUGUUUCUUCUUCCUCCCGCCGCGUCUCCUGCUCGCCGCCACCCCCUCCCUCCUAGCGUUGAUGGAAGAAGCAUGGCCGGCCCUCGGCCCGACGGCCUGCGACGCGGCCUUCCCACCCCCGCCCCGGCCCCCGUGGCGUGGGGCGCGGCGGAAGACGGUGGCCAAGGAAUCGUCCGCGCAGGCGGUGAGCAGAAUCGUGUCCAGCUGCGCCAACUCGAGCGGCCUGGCCGUGGCCGCCGUCGACGCCAACGCCGCCAUCUCGGGCGGCGCCGCGCUCGCCUCCACUACGGGCCGGCUGGUCACGGUGCUCGAGGAGGUGUGCGACGCCGCAGCACGCCGGAGGCUCGCGCUCCUACCCACCCCCGUCGAGACCGUCGACCUAACCCCUGAGUUCGUCAAGAGAGGUCGACUGUUUACUUAA